AUGGCGGACAACAAGCAGCAAAGAAAAGGCUCUGGAGGCUCAGGUCGCUCUUCAUCUCACACCUGCUUGUGGAGCAUGGGUACAACUGCCAGUGCAGCGCCGCAGUCUGUUUCCGUAGCGUCCCCACUUGAGAGUGUCCACGGCAACGGGAUGGCCGACAGCAGGCAGUCUCUUAGCAUGAGCCCCUUUCAGACAGUCAACAUCCACAGCAACAAGGCCAAGUCCAUUAUCACCAACAAAGUCGCACCUGUCGUCAUCACGUAUAAUUGCAGACAGGAGUUCCAGAUUCACGAUGACAUCCUCAAGACCAACUACAAAGUCGGACGGAUAUCGGACACCAUGCCCGAGCACUACCUGGUGCAGGGUCAGUACUUCAUGGUCCAGGACGUGUACAGUAAAGCAGACGUCCUCAACACCACGGGCAGCUACGGGGCGCCCAACUUCCGCCAAGUGAAGGGAUCCUACCCUCUGUACGGGAUGGGUCAGCCAAGUCUGAACGGCUUCAAACACGUCCUGCAGAGGCUGCAGGCACAAGGACAUGAGGAGGUGAUAUUCUUCUGCGUCAGAGAGGAGCCGGUGGUUUUCCUGCACAAAGACGAUGACUUUGUGCCGUACACCCCCAGAAGGAAGGAAAACCUACACGAAAACCUUCACGGACUCGCAAAGGAGGAGGCGAUGGAGAGCCUAGAGCUCACCGUUAGGAAGGAGCUUCACGACUUCGCCAAACUCAACGAAAACGUAUUCUACGUCUAUAACGACAUCGAGUUCUUCAAAGACGAGCCGCAGAAGAUCUCCAUCACAUGCGAGGAGGACAUCCACGUGACGGAAGAAGUCUAUAAGAGGCCCAUGUUCACCAUGCCGUCCUACAGGUACUACAGAUUACCACUGCCGACCGAGGGAGCGCCGUUAGAAGAAGACUUCGACGCUUUCGUUAACAUACUCAGGGAGAGCCCCAGUUUGUCUUUGGGUCACGAUGCUUCACGACCACUUCCCGCUCUGCUCUUCAGUUGCCAGGUCGGCGUCGGCCGCACCAACCUGGCCAUGAUCCUCGGCACCUUGGUCAUGAAUCGCCUCAGAGGAGACUCGCAACAGGCACCCGAAUCUGCAGCCUCUGAGCCAAAACCACUGUUUGAGAUCAUCCAGACUCUGAUCAACAAGCUGCCAAACGGACAGCAGGUCAUGGAGGAGGUUGACCAAGCUAUAACCCUCUGUUCAGAAAUGCACAACAUAAAAGAAGCAAUAUAUGAGAACAAGAGUAAGCUGGAAGGGAUUGGAGAGGAUUACCAGAUUCAGGGAAGCAGCACCAAAGACUACUUUCUCAACAGAACGAUGCAGAGCCUGGAGCGUUACUUCUACUUAAUUGUUUUCAACGCAUACCUUCAUGAACAGUAUCCUCUGGCCUUUGUGUCCAACUUCAGCCAGUGGAUGUGUUCCCAUGCGUGGCUGUACAGACUACUGGCCUGCAUGAACCUAUCGGAGCUGUCGGCCUCGCCUGAACUCGUCACCAAAGCAGCUCGAGUCCUGGUUGCCGACGAGUACUUGGCUCCAGAUGUACUCAGCACAGUGAAGGAGAUGAAGGCCGCCAACUUCAGACGAGUGCCCAAGAUGCCUGUUUAUGGGAUGUCUCAGCCAACAUCAGAGGCCACAGCGGCGGUUCUGGCCCACUUGACAGAUGAGAAGAGGAAGCACAGCCACGUGUUGUGGGUCAACCUGCAAGAGGAGCUGGUGAUGGAAGGUAACGGCCAGAUUUUUACAGUGAGGGAGCCCUCGUGUCUGGACCAGAACAUCUCUGUCCCUACGUCGGACCCACAGCUGCUAGAGAAACUAGAGACAUCCCUGAAAGGGGAGGUCCUCCGGGCCCAGAAGUGGCUGGAGGUGACGUUGGAGCAGGAGAAACAGAUGAAGAUGUUUAAAAGUUGUCUGACGGUUCAGGAGAUUUUCAAUCAGCACAAAAGCUCCCAUCAGGGCCUCGUCUACAAACGCAUCCCUCUGCCCGACUGCAGCGCACCCAGAGAGGAGGAUUUUGACAAGUUGUUAGAGGCCAUGAAGAGCACCUUGGCGGAGGAUUCCCACUCGGCUUUCGCUUUCAACUGCUCCAACGGCAAAGGCCGGACCACAAUGGCCAUGGUGGUCGCUGUUCUCACUCUCUGGCACUUUAACGGUUUCCCAGAGUUUGCAGACGAUGAGAUUGUGAGUGUUCCUGAUGCCAAGUACACGAAAGGAGAAUUUGAGGUGGUGAUGCAGCUGGUGCGCCUGCUUCCCGACGGCCACAAGAUGAAGAGGGAGGUGGACAUGGCCCUGGACUCAGUCAGCGAGACCAUGACCCCCAUGCAUUACCAUCUGAGAGAGAUCAUCAUCUGCACAUACAGACAGAUCAAAAGCGGUAAGACGGAUAAAGAGUGCCAGCAGCUGCUUCUGAGGAGCCUGCAGUACCUGGAGCGCUACAUUUACCUCAUCCUGUUCAACACAUACCUGCAUCUGGAGAAGAAAGACUCCUGGCAGCGCUCUUUUACUCAGUGGAUGGAACAGGUCGCUGCCAGGGCCGGAGUUUACGACAUCCUCAACCAGCUGGGCUUCUCCGAGUUCGAGAACCCCAGGGACUCUCCGCUGGCCAGGCUGCGUCGCCGCUGGCAACAGCAGGACAUUCAGUCACUUCCUUUCCGAGGGGAGUUCGUCUGAGAGGGGAUCACUGUGAACGCACCAAAACAGUACUGUGCUCUUCAAUUAAAAACAGACCUUUAACAACGCCAUGCCUUCUAUAUUUAACCCCGUAUUAUGCAUUCCUUCACCUCAUGUAUCGUUCUUGAUUCAGCUUUUUUUUUUUUGUAUUUUUUUUAACUCACUGGCAACAUUAGCAUUUUAUAGGUUUUUAAUGUAAUUCUCUUAAAGUUAGACGUUAACAUGUGUGCCUUUUUGAUCUAUGAUAGAUUUGGGGGUUUAAUUUACUGAUAUUUAUGCUUCAUUUAGCAAUCGAGGUAAGAAAAAGUUAAUUUAAGUUUGCUAAAAAAAAACAUCUUUAGUCAUAUAUGCCAUUAAAAAUGAACUGUCAGAACGUCAGAAUUGGA